AUGGUGACCGUGUUGAAGGAGAUCCCUACUCUUUUUGACAAGUUCGGCGUCGCUCGCAAUGUGCUGGAGAAGAUCUCCUUAUGGCGUGGCGACAUCACACGCCUAGAAAUUGACGCCAUUGUUAACGCAGCAAACAACGGUUUACGUGGAGGUGGAGGAGUAGAUGGAGCCAUACAUCGUGCUGCUGGCACUGCUGAACUGCAGAAAGAGUGCCGAGCCAUAGGUCACUGUGACACAGGUGCUGCGGUGAUAACAAGCGGAUGCAAGAUGUCUCAUAUCAAAAAUAUAAUACACACUGUCGGUCCGCAAUGUUCUGGAAAUGUAGCUACCGCUAAUGAUCGAGAAAAGUUGCUAUCUUGCUAUCGGUCAUGUCUCGACUUGGCUUUGGAGAACAAACUCAAGAGUAUCGCUUUUUGCUGCAUCUCGACGGGAGUCUAUGGAUAUCCCCAGGAAGACGCUGCUAGAACUGUUGUCGGUUUUCUCACGGAAUGGUUGUCCAA